AUAUUACCGACUGAUAAUGAAUCAAAAUGCAAAAUCCAAUAUGAUCAAUUGCAUGCAAAAGCCAAAACCAAAUCCUCAGAUAUCACACUUAUGGAUUUUCUUAUACGUGAUUUGGCUUUACUUUGAGCAUCAUUCGUUAGUACGAAUUGGCGUUCGGCCUAUAGCACAUCUACCUCAUAAUAUAGCUGCAAUUAGUAAGUUCUCUUGAAGAUACCCUUAUAGUUAAUUUCCUCCGUAGAACAAUAUCUUAUCACUGUUAUCACAACUGGUGAUGUGAUUUGAUAGAUAAUAUAGCUUUAUCAAUAAUAUCAUGACGACUGUCGCUCGCGUUUUAGCCGCUUCAGGAAAGAUUUUGUGGUUGCCAUCGCGAUCUAUUGCCACAACUUCGGCCUUACACAUAAAGCCCAGCGCUUCUACCCAGUUUGCUCAAAGUGAUAUCAACCUACGAAACGUAAGAAUGGUCGAGGAACGUAAACAGCUCACCGCAGAUUUCUUCUUCCGUCAGCUUUUUGACGAGAAAUCCUGGACGUACACGUACCUGUUAGGCGAUAUCAACACCAAGGAAGCAGUGCUCAUCGAUCCAGUAUUGGAACAGGCACCUCGUGAUGCCAAACUAAUUCAGGAGCUUGGUUUUAAACUAACAUAUGCAUUAAACACACAUAUGCAUGCGGACCAUAUAACCGGAACCGGUUAUUUAAAACAACUGCUCCCCGGUACAAUAAGCGUAAUUUCAGAAUGCAGCGGAGCCAAGGCAGACAAAUAUCUUAAGGACAAUGAAAUUGUUAAGUUUGGCCGGUUUGAGUUGAAAGCCUUAUGUACGCCAGGUCACACAAACGGAUGCAUGACCUUCGUCGUACAUAAUCAGGGCGUAGCUUUCACUGGGGACGCUCUGCUUAUUCGUGGCUGUGGACGAACAGAUUUUCAGGAGGGUGAUUCUAGAACCCUGUACCGUUCUGUGCAUGAGAAAAUUUUUACUCUACCGGAUAACUACCGUCUGUUUCCGGCUCAUGAUUACAAGGGUAACAUGGAAACCAGUGUUGCCGAAGAAAAGCAAUACAAUCCUCGCUUGACUAAAGAUAUCGAAGCAUUCGUAGAGAUCAUGGCUAAUCUAAAUUUACCGUAUCCUUCGAAAAUUGAUGUUGCCGUCCCUGCCAACCGAGAAUGCGGUUUGUACGAUAUCCCUAAGUAGUGAUAUGGCAAAAUGAUGCUGGUGAAUACUGGUACAUAUACCUAAAAUGUUGGUUAUGAUUAAAAUAAAUAUUUUAUUAUUAAUAUA